AUGUCCCCUCUGAGAGGAUAUAUCACCACAUAUCCAACGCGCGUUCGUCAGUAUGGAAAUGCGCUCCUCACACCCGUCUACCCAGUGCAAACAGGUCCAACGCCGCGAACGACCAAACGCGGAACAACUGCAAUAAAUUAUGCCGAAGAUGGGUUCGAUGAUGAUGACUUUGAUGAGAGCGAUGGACCCCGGCGACCAACUGGGUUGAGGAGUCUACGUCGUGAAGAAUCAGCGAGUGGUGUUAUGUCCAUGCCGGAGAAGUUGGGCAAGGAAGCGCAUGCGCCAGUGGAAGUCCAGGGCGUAUUUCGAGAAUGGAUGAUCAAGCGGAUGCUCAGGCCAGCUUGUGCCGAGCAACUCCAGAUACAAGCACAGCUGCCCUUGACACUGAUUCCAAUCCGAAUUGACGUGGAAGUCCCCGGGCACCAACCUCUCGAACCCUUCCCCCUCCCACGCGGCGUCAUGGAUCCCAGCAUCAACCCGACACUUCCUGCAUACCGUCGACCUGACGUCCUUCCUCCGUUUCGAAUCAAGGAUACUUUCCUUUGGAACCUUCAUGAGGCUCUGUCUACACCGGAAGAGUUUGCCAUUGGCUUUGUGCGCGAUCUAGAUCUUCCCAACCCGCAAGCAACAACAAUGACCAUCAGCAAUCAGAUCAGGCAGCAAUUGGAAGAGUACGCAGGUGUAGCACUGCACCCUUUGUUCCAAACCUCCCAAAUUCCUGUGACAAGUGUGCCUCCGCAAGCCGAGCCCUCGAGAGAUCCAUCGAUGACUCCGGCUGCUACAAAUGCCGCAACUCCGGAUGGCCGGUCUGUUGGACCAGGAGUCGCUGCCACCAAAGAUGCGCUGGUUAAUGACAGUCUUCACAACCCAGAUGAUGCCUACCGUUGCGUGAUAAACCUCAAUAUUAAUCUUCAAAACAAGCUCUACACUGACAAGUUCGAGUGGUCACUUCUCCAUCCUGCCGGUAUGCCUGAACAAUAUGCAAAAAUCACCUGCGCCGAUCUCGGUCUUAAUGGUGAGUGGGUAGGUGCCAUUACGCAUGGUAUCUAUGAAGCGGUGUUGAAACUGAAGAAGGAGGUCUGCGAAAGCGGUGGUCUUGUUAGCGGCAUCAACGGUAUCGGAAAUGAGAUCGAUAAUCAGGCCGCAAAUGGGGCCGAAGCUGGCUGGCGAUAUGACCCUGAGACUCUAUGUGAACAGUGGGGGCCCAGAGUGGAAAUUCUUUCCAAGGAUGAAAUUGAGAGGCGAGAAGGAGACCGGGAACGACAAAUCCGACGUCUACGACGAGAGACAGCCCGAUUCUCCUCCACCACGGGCAUCACUCCAGACGCUUCCCGACAGAGCAGUGGGUACUUUGAUAUCGACAGUGAAACCCCACUGGGUAGAGGAGAGCGAAACAAGCGCAAGCGUCGUUUCCGCAGCAUCAGUCCGAUGGGUAGGGGAGGCACUCCCGGUGGCCGGGGCACUCCUGAUACGAGCUCGGGGGCUGGUUAUGGUGGAGGCGGCGGUACACUUUCCGAGUGGGAACGCCAAAGCUGGCGCUGCAGCAACUGUAUGGUCUGGGGCUCAGCUGUUUGGGCUGUACGAGACGGUCCAGAAGGUCCACGGACCCUCUGCCACAAUUGCGGCUUCCUCUACGAACGAGACAAAGUCGUCCCCCAAUGGUCAAAAGAUCUACACCGUCACGACGUUCCCGUUGGCCGUUUUACUUAG